AAUUCCGGGCCGGUUUGGGGCAGGUUUUGAGGCAAUUUCAGGCCGAUUUUGGGGCAAUUUCGGAGAUUUUUGAGGCCGGCCCCGGCUUCCCCUCACGCCAAGCCCCGCCCCCUUCGGCCUCUGAUUGGCCGGGAGCUCAGCGGCGCCUCCGGAUUGGCUGAGAGCGGGGGAGUUGGAAAGGUGUGCCACAGGUGUGCCGGGUCCCACGUGACCUGCCCCCGGCUGUGUCGCGUGUCUGCCUCACGUGUCGCCGGUGUCCUCCGGUGUGCCCGCGUGUGACCCCAGGUGUGCCCAGGUGAGCUCACCUGUCCCAGGUGUGCCGAUGGCCGCCGCCCGCCUGGGCUGGCCCCGCGUGGGCUCCUCGGUUCUGUUCCUGUGCGAUCUCCAGGAGCGGUUCCGCGACACCAUCGUCGCCUUCCCGCAGAUCGUGGCCGUGGCCGCGCGCAUGCUGCAGGGCUGCCGGAUUUUGGGGGUCCCGGCGCUGGUGACGGAGCAGCGCCCCGACGUUUUGGGGCCCACGGUGCCGGAAUUGGGGGCUCAGGACCUGCCCCGGGUCCCCAAAACCGCCUUCAGCAUGGCCGGGGCGGCGGCGCCGCUGCUGGGGGACCCCAACCUGCGGCACGUGCUGCUCUGCGGGAUCGAGGCGCAGGCCUGCGUGCUGCAAACGGCGCUGGACCUGCUGGAGCGGGGGCUGGACGUGCACGUGGUGGCCGACGCCGUGUCCUCGCGCAGCCAGGCGGAGCGGGCCCUGGCCCUGUCCCGCAUGCGCCAGGCCGGCGCCUACCUGAGCACCUGCGAGAGCGUCCUGCUGCUGCUGCUGCGCGACGCCGCCCACCCCAAGUUCAAACAGAUCCUGCCGAUGAUCAAGGACCCCCCCCCGGACACAGGGCUGAUCCUGGGGGGGCCCAUGGGGGUGCUGGGGGGGCCCUGAGAGCCCCAAAAUCGCCAAAAUUCAGCCCAAAAAUCGUCCCCGAUGUGGGGAGGGUCUGAGCCCCCAAAAUCCCCCAAAAUUUCCCCAAAAUUUCCCCCCAAAUCCCCAAAAUUCAACCCAAAAAUCGUUCCCGGUGUGGGGAGGGUCUGAGGCCCCCAAAAUUUCUCAACAUUUCCCCAAAAUCCCCAAAAAUGAACCCAAAAAUCCUCCUCGGUCUGGAGAGAAUCUGAGCACCCAAAAUUCCCCAAAUUCCCCCCAAAUCCCCCCAAAUAUCAACCCCAAAAUUGUUCCCAGUUUGGGGAGGGUCUGAGCCCCCAAAUUCCUCCCAAAUCUCCCCAAAAUGGGGUUAAUAAACGCUGCCCCUCCCCCA